AUGAGUGAGUUUGAUCUGAAUGGCGUCAAAUGUGGUCUAAAACACGCGGAGAAUUACAUAGUGGGCGGAGAGACGGCCGCGAUUGGCGACUUCCCAUUCCUGGUGCUCAUCAAACUCAAUGGCAAUACCGUAUGCGGCGGUGCUAUCAUUAACAACAUAUGGGUCGUCACCGCCGCCCACUGUUUUAAAGAAUUAGGCCUACUUUUAUCAGUGUUAGGGUUUAAUACCUGUCCAUUGAAACCAAGCGCUAACCGCAAAGAGGGCCAGAUAGCCGACUAUACAGUACACGCCGGGGCCAACACCUUACACGAUGGCGAUAUCUAUAAGUUGUCCGCAGUCAGAGUCCACGCAGACUUUUCGUUUGACAAAAUGAUUAAAGACAUCUGUCUUAUCAAAAUGGACCGACCGUUCAGUUUCGGCCCAAAAGUGGGCACAAUAUGUCUGCCGGCGAUCCAGAGGGAGGAGCCUUCGGGCACCUUAACCGCCGCCGGUUGGGGUCGACUCUUUGAGAAGGAAGCGCCGGCAACAGUGCUCCAGAGAGUCGAUCUGACCAUCAUUAGCGACGAGCAGUGCGCCACUAUGUAUGUGGAUAAAAAGGUCACCAUAUAUCGGUCAAAUAUGUGCACUUACCGCGAGGGUCACGAUACAUGCGAGGGAGAUUCGGGUUGGGCGUGUGCGGACACACAUCCGGGAGUCUAUACACAGAUGUCAAACACUUUCUUCAAGAGGAAAGAGCCAAAGAGUCGCCGCUGGCUAUCAGUCCAUCCGAUUGGACACUUCUUGCGGCCAUUGAUUUCAUUUGUCAGAUUGUGGAGACCGAUGGCAUCGAUUAUCAUCGCCUCACGAGCUAAGGCCUCGUCAGAAGUGAUUCCAGUAAAACACGGCAAAGAUAUUACUCCCUUAUCUGUGGACCAAAUGUGGCGAAUGCCCUUUGCUGGUGUCGUAAAAGUGUUGGUAAACCCGAUUGCCCUGACCCUUACCCACGUAGAAGAUGGAGGUCACGAAUUUGGCGAACACCUGUCCGUGAAGGGGGCGCUCAGUUCCCGGCCGAGACUUGUUUGCGGCGCUUCCGGCUAUCACUCGUCGAAUGGGACCGACUUUCUGGACAAACACUUCAAUUCGACCGAACAGUUGGUCAACGAUGCGGUGGUUGUGUCCCUCGGGUCCCACUUUUGGUCAACCAAUUUGAUGGGACGAUCGAUGCAAACACUCUUUAGUAGGUCUACUAUUUGGGGACAGUUGACGAGCGGUGCGGCGGUUCUGUCAUUGGGGUCGCACCUAUCAAUCGGUGGACACUAUUAUAUGUUUAACAUUAGUUUCAAUGCAAAAUACAAUGACUUUAAGGCGAGAUAUUAUCUAGGGCAACUAGGGCAGCAGCUAGGUGGUUCUAGAAAUCUUGGUGGUUCUAAUAAUAUGGUUCCGAUGCUUUUGCGAGACCCAAGAUUUCCCCAACAGAGGCCACAGUUGCUGUUUGUGCCAUGUAUUGAUGCAAAUGACGGUCAGAAGAGAUCUGCACCACAAUUGCCGGUCUCUAUAUUGGAUGAGAUCAUGAAUUCCAGUGGUUUUGGGGGCUUUGGAGGGCCCGGCGGUAAUGGAGGCGCUGUUAAUAACAACCCAUUUGAUGGUAUACUCGGUUCGCUAAUACCCAGUGAUAAUACAAAUGGUGGCAAUUCUGGUUCGGGUGCCGACAGCACCGGAAUCCCAGUGUUGGACUUUUUUCGCAAUUUGAUUGCUAUGUUUUUGAGGGCUUUCGUACAGAUUUUCCAGUUUUUUCAGCUCAUCUCGAGAGCCAUCACCGGAACCAGUGGUCAAAAGGCUCUCUUCCUGUCCAUCGAUAAUCAACUCAAUGAUAUCCCAGAUAUGGACGGCAAAACUAAUGAUAGACUGAAGCGAGUUAUGAGAGAAAUCAGUAAAUCUGUGAAUGAAUUUCCGUUGAGUUUCUUCGCAAUGAAUGGUCAAAAAGGUGUGGACUUUGAGCGACAAAUGGAUGAUAUAUUGAGACAAUUGUCAAACACUGACAUAAAUAAGUCGGUGAAUGAGAUACUGAAAAGCGAUUCAUUCAAAGACAAGUUUAAGACCGGUUUGGGUGCAAACAAUAUGAGAGCCAAACGGCAAAAGCGUAUGGUUUGUGAAGAGAAGUAUACAAAAGUCAAUCAAUUUUUCGAUUUAAUCGCUUAUAAGUUAAGGAAGGGAGUGUUGAUGAGUUCUAAAUGUAUGGUUGAGAGUCAAUUUGACCAACAUGACAGUAAAGGGGCACAAUCAAAGACUGAACUGAACUGUUGUGGCGAAGUGUUUGUCGGCGAUUAUCUCCUCAUGGGUUACGACUGUUCGCGUUUCACGGAUGUGAUAUCGGAAGAGCUGUUGUGCUCGAUAUGCGGCCACAUUCUGGAGGAAGCGCUGACCACGGAUUGCGAGCACCUGUUCUGUGGCCAGUGUAUCACCGAAUGGCUCUCAGCGAACGGGACGUGUCCUAUAGACCGGCUGUACAUCACUGCCGGCGACCUGAAGGCUGCGCCGCGUGUUGUCCGCAAUCUGUUGGCAAAGUUGCACAUCCGCUGCCACUUCGCGCCCGACGGCUGCAAAACGGCGGUAGCUUUGGAAGCGCUGGAAAAACACGUCAACGACUGUCACUAUAACCCGAAGAAGCGGUUCUGUUGUCAGAAGGGAUGCGACAAAUGGAUGACAAGGGAAGAGAUGGAGAGACAUAACUGUUGGGAUGAUAACCGCAAAGAUGUGUUACGACAAGAGCGGGAGAUCGCGGACCUGAAGCAGUGGCGAAACGUCCUCUCCUUCGCCAUAGCGUUGUUAUUGUUGUAUAUCUUGUGUCCGACACUAUUCUUCAGCUUCGGGUCAAACAAAUGA